AUUAUGGAGAACCAGGAUUCCAAACAGAUUUUCUUUUUCCUUCUUCUCAAUCUAUCAUAUAUGUUUGUACAGCUCGCAUAUGGCGUUUGGACAAAUUCUCUCGGGUUGAUCUCGGAUGCCAUUCAUAUGUUUUUUGAUUGUCUUGCAUUGGGAGUUGGUCUGUUCGCAUCAGUAAUGGGAAAAUGGCCUUCCAACGCAAAAUAUUCUUAUGGAUACAACCGAAUCGAAACUAUUGCAGCCUACUUCAACAGCGUAUUCUUAGUCCUCAUCUCCAUCUCAAUUCUUGUGGAAGCUGUAUUGCGUCUAAUUAACCCUCCAGAGAUGAGCACUCAGCGUCUACUGCUCGUGAGUUUUGUUGGUUUGGUAGUAAACUUGGUUGGAAUUUUUGCGUUUAACCAUGGUCAUGGCCAUGGUCAUGGUGUGUUUUUACACAUCAUGGCAGAUACCCUUGGCUCUGUAGGUGUAAUUGUUUCCACACUAUUGAUCCAAUGGUUUGGUUGGACUGGAUUUGAUCCCAUUGCGUCCAUGUUCAUUGCCGUACUUAUUAUUCUGUCCGUGCUUCCGUUGAUCCGUCAAUCAGCGGCUGUCUUGAUGCUGGAAUUAGAAGAUGGUGUCGUGAAUCAAGUCCAUGGCACUUUAGAGGAGCUCAAAAAAGUUCAAGGGAUUGCAGGAAUUUCAUUGCCUCGGUUUUGGCCGAAUGAAGCCGAGUCUUUGGUAGGCUCUGUGCAAAUUCAGGUCAAGGAUGGUGUAAAUACCCAGGAUAUUCGACGUAAAGCCAGUGAAUUACUGAUGAGCCAUAUUGAUGGUCUCAAGGAAGUCUGUAUUCAGGUUGAAUUUGAGAAU